AUGUUCGGAACAAUAACGCUAAGUGCCCUAAAUCCAUUCCGGGAUUCAUCUACGACUAACAUGAGCAAUAGCCCUACAUCUAGACAAGGGCCAGACCGGUGGCAAAUGGUAUCGACCGAGAACAAGAACAGUAACAUUGACACUGAUCGCAAGACAACCACCAUAUUUGAACGAGAGGAAGAUGAAUUCGUCCUAAUCGACAAAAAGAGAGGUGGUAUGUUUGACUAUGGGGUGCCUUACAACGGCAAUGGCGAGUCGCUGCGUCUGGGCCAAGGCACCCGCAGGGUAAAGGUUUCGCGAAGGCUACAGUUUACCCUUGUUAAUGGGCUGUACUUCGGAUCUUGGAAAUAG